AGCCGUGCGGGAGGAGAGGAAGAAGAAAGGAAGCGAAAGGAAAAAGAAAAGAAAAUAAUUUUUUUUUUAAAAGAAGGAACAGGUCUCCUUUCAAAACAACAGCGAGGGAGGAGAAGGCUUAAUCUCUUCUUCAAAAGAUUGAACCUUGUUGGAGGAUUUAAUCUUCUCCUUCGAAUCAUUUUCCACAUUUUCUCUUCUUCAGAUUCUUUGGUUUCGUUUGUAGUGUGAAAUCCGACAGGAGGCGUUUGAACUCUCGUUUUUGGUGUUUCGAUUGAAUGAUUGCUGUUGGAGGCUCCGGGAGUAGAUCGAGAAGGAAUCUGUGUUUCUGAUCCGAUCAGUAUUUGCGAGACAUGGCUGCUACUGUCAGUCUUGUGGUUGGAUCUCUUGUUUGGGUGGAGGAUCCUGAUGAAGCUUGGGUAGAUGGUGAAGUUUUGGAGGUUAAUAGUGAAGAUAUUAAAGUUCUCUGCUCUUCAGGGAAAACGGUUGUUGUCAAGGCUUCCAAUGUCUACCCUAAAGACGCAGAGGCCCCACCAUGCGGAGUGGAUGACAUGACAAAGCUAGCUUAUUUGCAUGAACCAGGAGUCCUUGAAAAUUUAAGAUCAAGAUAUGACAUCAAUGAAAUAUAUACAUAUACAGGAAACAUAUUGAUUGCUGUGAAUCCUUUUAGAAAACUCCCUCAUCUCUAUGAUAGCCAUAUGAUGGCACAAUAUAAAGGGGCAGCCUUCGGUGAGCUGAGCCCACAUCCCUUUGCAGUUGCAGAUGCUGCGUACAGACAAAUGAUCAAUGAGGGAAUAAGUCAGUCAAUUUUGGUUAGUGGUGAAAGUGGUGCUGGUAAAACAGAAAGCACAAAAUUGCUCAUGCGAUAUCUUGCUUACAUGGGAGGGAGAGCUGUUGCAGAGGGGAGAACGGUGGAGCAGCAAGUCCUGGAGUCCAAUCCUGUUUUAGAAGCAUUUGGCAAUGCUAAGACUGUUCGAAACAACAACUCAAGUCGUUUUGGUAAGUUUGUGGAGAUUCAAUUUGACCAAAGUGGAAGGAUUUCUGGAGCAGCAAUUAGAACUUAUUUGUUAGAAAGGUCACGUGUUUGUCAAGUUUCUGAUCCUGAGAGAAAUUAUCAUUGUUUCUACAUGCUUUGUGCUGCACCGUCUGAGGAUAUUCAGCGUUACAAAUUGGGAAACCCAAGGACGUUCCACUAUCUAAACCAGUCAAAUUGCUAUGAGUUGGAUGGGGUUGAUGACUCUAAGGAAUACAUUGCAACAAGGAGGGCAAUGGAUAUUGUUGGAAUGAGUACUGAUGAACAGGAUGCAAUAUUCCGGGUUGUAGCUGCAAUUCUCCAUCUUGGAAACAUUGAAUUUGCAAAAGGAAAGGAGAUUGACUCCUCAAUGCCCAAAGAUGACAAAUCUUGGUUCCAUCUAAGAACUGCUGCUGAACUUCUCAAGUGUGAUGAGAAGUUACUUGAAGAUUCUUUGUGCAAACGUGUAAUUGUAACUCGUGAUGAAACCAUUACAAAAUGGCUGGAUCCAGAAUCUGCUGCUACUAGUAGAGAUGCUUUGGCUAAAAUUGUGUACUCAAGAUUGUUUGAUUGGCUUGUGGAUAAGAUCAAUAGUUCAAUUGGACAAGAUCCCGACUCAAAGUUUUUAAUUGGGGUGCUGGAUAUUUAUGGAUUUGAGAGUUUCAAGACCAACAGUUUUGAGCAAUUCUGCAUUAAUUUGACAAAUGAGAAGCUUCAGCAGCAUUUCAACCAGCAUGUUUUCAAGAUGGAGCAAGAAGAAUAUACAAAAGAGGAAAUUAAUUGGAGUUAUAUUGAUUUUAUUGAUAAUCAAGAUGUUCUGGAUCUCAUUGAAAAGAAACCUGGUGGCAUAGUGGCCCUUCUGGAUGAGGCAUGUAUGUUCCCAAGAUCAACACAUGAAACAUUUGCUCAGAAGCUCUACCAGACAUUUAAAAAUCAUAAGCGCUUCAGCAAGCCAAAAUUGUCCCGCAGUGACUUCACAAUUUGCCAUUAUGCUGGCGAUGUCACUUAUCAAACUGAAUUGUUCCUGGACAAGAACAAAGAUUAUGUUGUUGCUGAACAUCAGGCCCUUUUGAGUGCUUCCAAAUGCCCCUUUGUGUCUAGUUUGUUUCCACCUUUAGCAGAAGAAUCCUCAAAGACAUCAAAGUUCUCUUCAAUAGGUUCUCGGUUUAAGCAACAAUUGCAAGCAUUGCUUGAAACUCUCAGUUCCACUGAGCCGCAUUACAUUCGAUGCGUAAAGCCCAAUAAUGUUCUUAAACCUUCAAUAUUUGAGAGUAAGAGUGUUCUGCAGCAACUACGAUGUGGGGGAGUCAUGGAAGCAAUCAGGAUUAGUUGUGCUGGAUAUCCUACUAGAAGACCAUUUUAUGAAUUUGCAGAAAGAUUUAGCAUCCUUGCACCAGAAGUUUUGGAUGGAAGUUCUGAUGAGGUUACUGCUUGUAAGAGGCUUCUGAAGAAGGUGGGACUAGAAGGCUAUCAGAUUGGUAAGACAAAGAUAUUCCUCAGGGCUGGUCAAAUGGCAGAACUAGAUGCCCGUAGGAGUGAGGUCUUAGGAAGAUCUGCUAGCAUUAUCCAGAGGAAAGUCCGAUCUUAUUUAGCUCGCAGGAGUUUUGUUUUGCUCCGUUUGUCUGCAAUAUGGAUUCAAUCUGUCUGCAGAGGUGAUCUUACUCGCAAAAUUUAUGAGGGCAUGAGAAGAGAAGCUGCCUCUUUGAGGAUCCAGAGAGAUUUGCGUGGGCAUCUUGCUAGGAAAGCUUAUAAAGAAUUGUGUUCCUCUGCAAUUUCCAUUCAAACUGGUAUGCGUGGAAUGGCUGCUCGGAAUGAACUACGCUUCAGAAGGCAGACUAGAGCAGCCAUCAAAAUGCAGAGCCAAUGUCGCAAAUACUUAGCUCGAUUGCAUUACCUGAAAUUGAAGAAAGCAGCAAUUACAACACAAUGUGCAUGGAGAGGAAGAGUUGCACGCAAAGAACUGCGGAAGCUUAAAAUGGCUGCAAGGGAAACUGGAGCUCUGCAAGCUGCUAAAAAUAAACUGGAAAAGCAAGUUGAAGAACUGACAUGGAGAUUACAGUUAGAGAGACGCAUGAGGGUUGACAUGGAAGAAGCUAAAACACAAGAAAAUGCCAAACUUCAGUCUGCUUUGGAAGAUAUGCAACAUCAGUUCAAAGAAACCAAAGAGCUGCUCAGGAAGGAACGUGAGGCUGCUAAAAAGGCAGCUGAGGUGGUGCCUGUUAUACAAGAGGUCCCAGUUGUUGACCAUGAAAUGCUGGAGAGGCUUACAAGUGAAAAUGAAAAGCUGAAGGAACUGGUGACUUCACUGGAAAAGAAGAUUGAUGAAACAGAGAAAAAGUUAGUUGAGACAAACAAAAUAAGUGAAGAAAGGUUGAAGCAAGCCCUAGAGGCCGAAUCAAAAAUAAUUCAGUUAAAGACUGCUAUGAACAGUCUUGAAGAGAAAAUUAUUGAUAUGGAAUCUGAAAACAAAAUUCUGAGGCAGCAAAAUGUUUCAAGCACAGCUGUUCGGAAGAGUUUUGAGCACCCACCAAUUCCACCCAUGCAGAGUUUGGACAAUGGUCACCUUGGGGAUGAAGAGACCAGACUGAAUGAAACAUUGAGUUCAACUCCAAGUAAGAAGUUUGGUACAGAAUCUGAUGUCAAGUUGAGGAGAUCACAGCUUGAUCGCCAACAUGAGAAUGUUGAUGCUCUUAUUAGCUGUGUUUCAAAAAACAUUGGGUUCAAUCAUGGAAAACCUGUUGCAGCUUUUACCAUAUACAAAUGUCUUCUCCACUGGAAAUCUUUUGAAGCUGAGAGGACUAGUGUGUUUGAUCGUCUUAUUCAGUUGAUUGGUUCUUGUAUUGAGAAUGAAGAUAGUAAUGAUCAAAUGGCUUAUUGGUUAUCAAACACAUCUACAUUAUUGUUUUUGCUCCAAAGAAGUCUGAAGUCUGCUGGUUCAACUGGUGCAACUCCGAGUCGGAAACCACCUACUCCAACCUCCCUGUUUGGGAGGAUGACCAUGGGUUUUCGUUCAUCUCCUUCUUCUAACAACCUUGCUGCUGCUGCUGCACUUGCUGUAGUUCGGCAAGUAGAUGCAAAAUACCCGGCCUUGCUUUUCAUGCAGCAAGUUGCAGCAUAUGUGGAAAAAAUUUAUGGAAUCAUCAGAGAUAACUUGAAGAAAGAGUUGCAUUCCUUGCUUAACUUAUGUAUCCAGGCCCCAAGAACAUCAAAGGGAGGUGUGCUACGAUCUGGGCGGUCGUUUGGCAAAGAGUCUCCUUCAACUCAUUGGCAGAAUAUCAUUGAUGGCCUCAAUACCCUACUUUGCACUUUGAAAGAAAAUUUUGUGCCUCCCGUUCUUGUCCAGAAGAUCUUUACUCAGACAUUUUCGUACAUCAAUGUGCAAUUGUUCAAUAGCCUUCUUCUACGCCGUGAGUGUUGUACAUUUAGCAAUGGAGAAUAUGUGAAGGCUGGAUUAGCUGAGUUAGAGCUUUGGUGCUGCCAGGCAAAAGAAGAGUAUGCUGGGUUAUCAUGGGAUGAACUUAAGCACAUAAGGCAGGCUGUUGGAUUCUUGGUUAUACAUCAGAAGUACAGAAUUUCCUAUGAUGAAAUCACCAAUGAUCUCUGCCCUAUCCUCAGUGUUCAGCAACUUUAUAGAAUAUGUACUCUCUACUGGGACGACAACUACAAUACUCGAAGUGUAUCUCCAGAUGUCAUUUCCAGCAUGAGGGUACUCAUGACAGAGGAUUCCAACAAUGCUGAAAGCAGUUCAUUUUUAUUGGAUGACAAUUCCAGCAUCCCCUUCUCUGUGGAUGACCUUUCCAAUUCAAUUCAAGAGAAGGACUUCAUAGAUGUCAAACCAGCAGAGGAACUCCUUGAGAAUCCAGCCUUCCAGUUUUUACACGAGUGAGGGUUAGGAAAGCUCAAAUGCGCUCUUCCUCCUUUUUCAUUGAGGUGGGCAAUAGUGAACUCAAAACCCUGAUGAUAAAAAUACUCUUUUUUGUAAAUCCAAUUCUUUUUUUCCUCCCCUCUACAUUCUUUUCUUUUUUAAAAUCCAUGCCCCUAGUGUAAAAUGUUCCAUUGGUUAAUUUUUUAAAAAUUCAAUUUGUAAAGUCUGUCAUUUGAAGGGGGCAUGGAUUUGUUGAGGUUGGUCGAGUGGUUUCUUUUUUAAUUAUAUUAUUUUUGUUCUGCAUGCCAUAAUAGGCUGCAGUGAUUUUUAUAGGGAGUUUGGUGGAAUGCAGUAUCUAUUGUAGUUUGGUGGCUGAGGCAUUGAUCUCUCCACCCAGUUUUUGUUGUAUAAAGGAUCCUAGUACAACA